CACUGCCUCCGUCGAAGAACCCCUAACCCUUCUUUGAGUUUCUUCGCUCUUCUCUCGCCACUCUCACCCUCAAGCUCACUGAGUCUCACCUCUCUCAUGGCUGGUCUCGCCGUCGACCUCUCUCUAUCUCUCCGGUAUAUCGCUUCUCUCGCGGGCGUUUCAGACUCAAGGUCAUCGCGCUCUGUUUCUGUCGCUGCUCUGUCACCGUCGUUGCUCUAUCGCGCUCUGUCGCAAGCGAAUCAAUGGAAUUCGACCCAAUCCCAAUCGGUUCCUGCUCCAAAGAGAACCAGAGCAUCUACCAGCAGUUGUUUAAAUUACGCUGAUUCAGAUUAUAUCUCUGAAUGUGCAAAGCAGGACAAGAUGGAAAGUAGAGGGAGCAAAGCAAUGGCUGCACAGAAAAAUGGGCGUUGAUCGAAUCAAGAAAGAAAAAUGGCUUUGAUACAAGAUGUUGAUAAAUUGAAGAGAAAGCUGAGACAUGAAGAGAAUGUGCAUAGUAUACUUAAUACUUGCUUUCUUUCUUGUCAGGAUCAAUACAGGGUGUUUAUUAUUAUUCUAUCAAAUAUUCAGGAACAAAGUCGAAGUGGCUGCGCUAGAACAGAAAAGGCUAGGCAUUGGCGAUGGAUCAGUUGGGAUGUUCUCUUCACUUAUUGUUCGCGCAUGCAGAAUCUCUUUGAUUGCUUCAGGCAUGCUUUGCCCUUUUAUCAUCUUCUUCCAAUAUUCUCCCACCAACUGGCAGGUGAUGCAUGGUUUCUAAAUACUCCUGAACAAUCAUUGAGCUUCAUCCUUGUAGAUCAAGGUUUUGAUGUAUGGGUAGGAAAUGUGCGUGGAACACGCUAGAGCCAUGGUCAUAGGUUUUAUUCAGUGAAGAAUAAGAAAUUCUGGGAUUGGAGCUGGCAGGAAUUAGCCCUGUAUUAUAUGGCAGAAAUGAUCAAUUACAUAUAUUCAGUAACAAAUUCAAAGCUAUUCAUAGUUGGGCAUUCACAGGUAGUUAUGAU